CAGCUUGCCAUUAGACUACUUACUCAUCGACCUCACACUAGACCAAUCUCCAUUAUCAAAAUCUCUUAUAACUGAAUAUAUUUGAAGUAAAAGCAAAGAAACCUUCCAACCUUAUAGCAAUCAUCAUAAUCCAAUAAUAACAGUAAUAUUGUCUCACAUAUCUCUCAACCUCUCAAACAAAAAAAUAACAUCAUCAGCUAGCCAUGGAUUAUCAUUCCAACGUUGAUUCUUCACGCCCUUUUCGCUCCGUCAAAGAAGCUGUAGCCAUCUUCGGUGAACGAUUUCUAGCUAAAGAAAUCUAUUCUCCAAAGCCUUUCACAUUUCCAACCCAAGAAAGUCCAUGGAAUACAAACAAUUAUUCUCCAACAAGUGCUAAUUCAUGGAAAUCUGGUUCUUCACCAAGUCCUCAAGAUUUGAAUGAUCCUGUUGUUGUUGAAACACUGAAGAAGCUAGAAACUGAGCUCGAAGAAACAAAGGCGGAAUUGAAGCUCAUGAAAGCAAGAGAAUCUGAAACUGAAAUCGCGUUAGCUUCUUUAAACGCAGAGCUUCAUAAGAACAUGUCCAAAUUGGCUCAAGCUGAAGCAGCUCACGCAGGUGCAAUGGCAGCUGCAGCAAAAUCAUUGAAAAUGAACAAUGAAGAUAAGAAAAAGGAAAGGAGAUCAGUGACAUGGGAAUCAUCAUCACCAACAUUAGCAGAGAUGUUAACCAUUGGAGAAACAGAUGUAGGUUUGAUUGGGAAGAAAAAGGAAAAAAAGAAGAAGCCCAUUAUUCCACUUGUUGCAGACUUGUUCUCAAGGAAAAAAAGAAGUUCUACUAGUGUUGAUAAUCCACUUUUUGCUUCUUCUCAUCUUUUCUGAAAUUAAGAGAAAUGAGAACAACCCACACUAAUUACUAUAUAUCGUUGCUUGAUGUAACUUAAACUUUUUUCUUCUGGAUCUGUCGUUGAGUUUCAAGCUUGAGGAAACACCAUCAUAUUUUUAAUUUCGCGUGAUGCUCUUUUUUUUUGGUUUCUCUCAAAGUUUUAUGUUUCAUUUUUUUCAAUAUUUGCAUGUGUCAAUGAUCAAAUGAGCUUGUUCUAGAAGCAGUACUACUAUACUUUAUUAUUCUUUUUUUAUA